ACCGUUGGCAAUUUUGCGCGGGCUGCGCGUCGUUUUGACUUUUUUUGUUGUUAAAUAUACAUAAUAACCGCAGCGCAAAGUUUAUAUGAGAUUUUUUAUUCAGUGAAGUUUAUGAUUUUUAAAGUGAAAUUAAUGUAAUAUAAUUAUUUUCACAAUGUCAGUAAAGGAUUUUGUUAUUCCUUUAACAAAGGAUGAUCUCUUGAGAAAUCAUGCUGAACAAUAUUCAGUUAGUGAAGUUACUUCUAUUCGUGCUCUUAAUCAAGCUCUCGAUGCUACGAAAAAUGAACUUCAAAACAAGCGUACACUUUUCAUUUUGGACAAUUUUGACACAUUUUUCUCGGUUUUGGUACAUGGAAAUAAACUGGAAAUACAUGUGUUUUUACGUGCUUUUGAUAGGAUAACAAAGGCUGUACAAAUGCUUAUUGAAGAUUUAGAAGAAGAUUUACAGUCAAAUGAAGCGUUUAAUAUGCAAUUGGAAUAUUUGUGCGCUAAUAAAAUGUUGGCUUAUUUAUGGUCUUCAAUUAUUUGUCAUAUUGACAAUCAUUUUCAAAAGGAAACAAAUGAUGGCGAUAAUAUAGGAAAGAGAAAAAAAGUUGUAAGGAAAUCGGAUGCAGCAGAAGAAUGGGAUCGACAAAGACAAGGUGCUCUAGAAUUGAUGUUUCGAUGGUUACAACUUCCACUUCAUAAAUUAUGGAAUCCUCCAAUUAUCGAAAAUUCUUUUUUAAACGCUCUCACUGAAGUGUGUUACAAAAUUUUGGAGUUAGCAAAAGAUCCCAAGCAAAAAGAUACGAGGGAUACAAUUUUUGAAAUUCUAGCAAUUUUGGUAAAGAAGCAUAAUCAGGGAAUAACUUGUGUGAUUCGAAUUGUUCAGUUGGUGACUUUAUAUGAUUAUUUGGCCGCACCUUUAGCUAUUGGCGUGGUACAAAUGGCACAGAAAUUUGGCUGCACGGGAAUGAUAAAAGAAAUAAUGCGCGAAGUUAGCCAAAAUGAACCACAGGAAUCCGAUGCUCGAAAUAUUUCAAUAUUUCUUGAAACAAUCGCCUCCACAGAUCCAAAUUUAAUUUUACCAAUUUUAGAUAAUAUCACAUGUUAUCUUGAUCAUGAGUUUUAUACAUUGAGAAAUUGUGUGAUUGGAGUAUUGUCCGUUGUUGUAUUGGGCGCAUUAACUUCCGAAGAUCUUAGUGAUGAAAAAAAAGAUACACGCGACGAAUGUCUUAGUUAUUUGGAGGAACAUAUUCUUGAUUGUAACGCUUAUGUUCGAUCGAAAGUUCUUCAAGUGUGGCAACGUUUAUGUACAGAACGUGCAAUUCCUCUCAAUAGACAAGCACAACUUUUGGCCGCUGUUGUUAAAAGAUUAGAGGACAAAAGUGCAAAUGUACGAAAACAAGCGCUACAAUUAAUUCGUGCUUUAUUAGAAGGAAAUCCUUUUGCAGCAAAGUUGGAUAAGGAAAAAUUUGCAAAGCAACUUGUCGAAGCCAAGGCAAAAUUAAAGGAAGCACAAACGGCCUUUGCCAGUCGAAGUGAACGAGGUGAUGAGGAAAGAAUGGAAUUAUUGAAAAGUAAACUUCCUCAUAUUUUAGAAACGAUUAAAGAAAUUCUCGAUGAUGAAGAAAAUAUGGAAGAACCUAACGAGAAUGUUGAUAUAAAUGAAGUUUUCGAACAAGUGAGACAAUUAAUGUUAGAGGAAAAUAUGGUCGAUGCAGUGAAACGAUUAAAAUCAGUUAUUAAACUUUUGCCAAAUUGUGAAGAUUUCGAUACAAUGAAAAUUGAGGACAAAACUCAUUGUUUACUUUUAUUUCUCGGUAAAAUAUUUGCCGAAUCAGAAGAUUCACCAACUUCAAUGGAUGCAAAUAAAAAUGUUGCACAAAAUACAUCCAAAGCAAAUGAUCGAAAUCUAAUGAAACAAAAGGAGGAAUUGAAAAAUAAAAAACAAAUUGUCUCAUAUUUUGAGAAUUCAUUGACUUUCGCUGAAGAAAUGGAGAAUGCAAUACCAAUGAUUGAACAUUUAUUAUUUUCAACAACAGUUGGCGAUGCUGUUGAAUCGUGUGCACUAUUGGGUGCGGCUUAUCAAUUUGAAAUAAAAGGCGCCGAUCGUGGAAUUCGUAAAGCAUUAUAUCAAGUAUUUGUUCGCGAACAAUCGGUACGUGAUAAUGUCGCUAUUGUUUAUAAGGAAAUAUAUCUUUGUGAAAAUGAAGCAGUUCAAUCGUCACGACAAAAAGCAUUAAAAUCUGCUAAUAAAUUAAUUGAUUUAGUAAAAAGUUUAGAAGCAGGACAGAGUCCGGCAUUGGCACAAAUGAUCGUCACAUGGCGUACAAAAGAUGAAUUCAAUGGAGAAAUAUUACAAAUUUUGUGGGAAAAGUUUACAUUGAAAUUAUCAGAUACAACGGCUGGAGAAAGUCGUGCUGCAUUAAUGUUAAUAACAAUGGCAGCACAAGCUGAACCGGGGAUUGUACUUGGAAAUUUAGAGACACUUAUUAAAGUGGGAUUUGGACCUCGUUCAGAAACUGAUUUGCUUUUGGCUCGCGAUACAUGUCGUGCAUUUAUGCAAAUUAAACAAGAUGGUUCCGAUGUGGAAAAACCACCUAUACGGUAUGCCAACGAUCAUGAUAUUUUUAAAUACAUUUUAUUGUUAUUAACAAACCAAUUUUGCUCGCAAAAUGAAAAUGGUUACGUUUCUUUUGCUACGCACGCUAUAAACGUCAUUUAUCACUUGGCUAAUCAACCGGAUCAUUUGGCAAAAAGUUUGCUUAUAAAAGCCACUGAUUUAUUUCAAGAGACUAAUGUUGAUGAUAAAAAAUUACGUGGAAUAUUAUUGAGUAGAUUGGUGUAUCUAAUUGGUCAUGUUGCUAUUCGGCAAAUGGUUCAUUUAGAUACAACUAUUUAUAAAGAAUUAAAAAGAAGAAAUGCAUUGCGCGAUAAAAAAAAGGGUACAAGAGGUAGAAAAACAUUAGGCAGAUCUAUUCUCAAUUCAACAGAAUCAACUCCAAGCUCCGCAAGUGUAACGAGACGUAACAAGGAGUUAAGUACAAUUGAAGACAAUGGAGAGGACGCACUUGAAGGCGCUUCAGCCGAUGAUGCUGAUGCUGAUUUCAUAAAUUCAUGUCUUGAAAAUGAAAUUCUCUCGCAUAAUGGAUUUUUGUCACAAUAUGUUCCGUUGAUUGUAAAUAUUUGUCAAGAUCCCGAUAAAUAUAAUGAUGAAAAAUUACAAGCCUAUAGCGUUCUUGCACUCAGUAAAAUGAUGACGAUAAGUUCUACAUUUUGUGCAAAUCAUCUUCAACUUUUAGUCACUAUUCUCGAACGUUCACCAUAUUCGGGCAUCCGAUCUAAUAUUCUUAUUGGAUUAACAGAUUUGGCAACGAGAUUUCCCAAUGAGGUCGAACCAUGGACAAGUCACAUUUACGGAAGACUAAAGGAUAACAGUGAACAAGUUCGAAGUACUUGCGUUCGAAUGUUGUCUAAUCUUAUAAUGAGAGAAAUGAUUCGAGUAAAGGGUAGUAUAUCUGAAUUUGCCCUUUGCAUUGUGGAUUCUAAUCCUGAUAUUCGUCACAAUACAAAGCUUUUUUUCAAAGAAUUGUCACAAAAAGGAAAUGCACUUUACAAUGUUAUGCCGGAUAUUUUGUCACGUCUCUCUGAUCCUGACUUGAAACUUGACGAAGAUUGUUUCCAAGAAAUUUUACAAUUUAUUCUUGGACUGUUGCAAAAAGAAAGACAAAUUGAUACAAUUAUUGAAAAAAUUUGUGCUCGUUUCAAAUUAGCAACAACAGAACGCCAAUGGCGAGAUCUCUCUUAUUGUCUUUCAUUAUUGCAAUUUAAUGCAAAGAGUAUACGACGACUUAUUGAGGGAUUGCCACUUUUAAAAGACAAAAUUCACAAUAAACAAGUGUUGAAAGCACUCAAUUCUAUAAUUGAUUCGACAAAGAAAAAGGCAGAUGCAAAAGCAGCAUGCUUAGAAUUGGAAGAAAAAAUUAAUGAUUUAUUGAACGCUGAAAAUAAUGAAAAAGAGGGUAAUAUUUCUGAUAGUGAGGCUAUGCCACCGCCACCAAGACCUCCGUUAAAUAAAAAAAAGCCACGACAAAAUGCUCGGAUUGUCGAUGAUGAUGAUGAUGAUGAUGAUGAUGAUUCUUCGGACAGUGAAGAUGAAACACCUUCGAGAGUUGCUGUUGCAGCUAAAAAACGCGUAGGUCGAAAACCUUCACGAAAAUCAGAUUCAUCGCCUGAUAGUGAUGAAGAUUUUGCAGAGAGUACACCGAUAAAAAGUAAACAAACUCCUAGAAGAGGAACAAGAACAGCUAGUAAAUCAACAAAAGAUAAUAAAUUACAAACAAAAACACCGGGAAAAUCAACAAAAACACCAGGAAAAUCGAUAAAAACACCUGCUACAGCCACAAGAUCAUCCAGUAGAACAGAAAGAAGAAAUUUUGAAAAUCAAACGCCAGAACGAAAUGCCGAGUCACGAAGAACAAGUGAUUCAGACAAUUCGUCCACAAGUCGAGCUCCACAACCAAAAAGGACAAAACAAGAAGAAGUAGUUGUUCGAAGAAGUUCAAGUAGAGUAUCAAAUAAAUCGAAAAGAUUCUCCUAAUAAUUUUUACAAAAAAAAAAAAAAUCAUACACACACUUACAAAUUUAAGAGUUGCAAUAAGUAUCUUAAAUUAUAAGAAUAAUUUGUAUAAAUUAAUUAAAAUCAAAUUUUUCCAAUAUAUUUACACUUAGAGUAUUUUUAUAUAUUGUAAAAAAAAAUUAAUAAAAAACAUGUGUAAUAAGUUUUGAAACUGA